GUGUGUGUGUGUGUGUGUGUUCAGUAGUUUUUCUCUUCUGGUUCUUUCACAACGUGGAUCGUUUCUUCUGAAGCUUAAACCAAUUAUACAGGGUGACGUGAUGGCGGCUAAACGUCCCUCUGAACCCAAACUCGACCCUCAGGAGGAGAAACAGAUGAUGGAGUUUUUAACACAACAUGUUGAGCUGCUGCAGGAGAAAUCCAUGCUGCAGGCGUCGGUGCGAGAGGAGAAGAAGCUGCUGGUGGAAAACGCCAAGAUGAAGAAGGACAUCGAGGAUCUGAAGAAGAAGCUUCAGGAGACCCAGAGGAGGAAAGCAGUGAAGCUCCAUCAGGAGAGGGUUCUGACCGCGUCAGUAGAAGCGAUGAAGAUGGCCGUCCAUGACACUUCGCCCCCAUCUGAACCCGCACCCCGAAAUCAGAGGAGUAACACACACACACGCAGAGAGGGGAGGAGGAGAGAGCACCGAGGGGGCGGAGAUAACCUGGGCGUGGUCAGUAAACACACCCCCGAGGCCGUGCGGGACCCCAGACCCGACGUUUCCCGCCUGGACCUGAGGGUCGGGCGGAUCCUGGCGGUUCGGAAUCACCCGGAUUCAGAGUCGCUCUACGUACAGGUGGUGGAACUGGGAGACUCCGCCCCCAGGACGGUGGUCAGCGAGCUGGCCAAUCACGUCGCGCCAGAGCAGUUGCAGGACACUCUGGUGGUUGUGUUGUGUAACGUUCGGCCGGUGAAGGUCCGUGGUGUUCAGUCUCAGGCUCGAGUUCUCUGCGCCGUCCACCAAAACAAGAUGGAACCUUUAGCCCCGCCCACCUGCGCCACACCCGGAGACAGAAUCACCUUCCAGAACUAUCCAGGUGAGGCGGAGAAGGAACUGAACCCCAAGAGAAGAGUCUGGGAGCGACUACUGCCCGACCUGCGCACUGACGAGAGGGGCGUGGCUAAUUACAAGGGCGUGGCCUUCGAGGUCAGAGGGAAGGGCCUGUGCCGAGCGCCCACCAUCAGCAACGGGGGCAUCAAGUGAUAAACAACAAAGAGAGAAAUAAUAAUAAAUAUAAUAAUAU